UCCCGGAAUGGGACCGCGCUAACCACGACGCCAUGGGUUCACGGGCUGCAGUGUAGGCUAUGGCUUAGACUUCCGUGCUAUUAACUUACUAUUUUGUAGAAUUACUUGCUCUUGUAGUUGCAGACGCAGCAGACCCAGUGUCAGGUUUAACCGGAUGUAUGUUAGCAAUUCGCUGCCCCGAACCUAACAUUCGCGGUUCACCGGUGUGCUCGUAAGUUGUGCAUAUCCUGCUGAAACGAUGUCCAUCAGCGACGAAACACCUAAAAACGGCAAAAUAUCAGGCACGCCAGGAAGCCGGGUCGCCGCAGGGAAAUCUAGUGAGCCAGAUGACGAUACCGUAUCACCCGUCCGCUCCGAAUUAUUAAGCGAUGUUCGAAUGAAUCCCGAGCCCCUGGUCAUGAGAAAAAUCAGGCGCGAAGGCCUUGACCUAGACUAUAAAUUUUUCGGAAAAACUACGGCAGACUAUGUUUUUCGAAGGCUGGAGUCUGAAGUCGAAUACUUCACGGGAGACCUGCUCAAGAUCAGAGUCUAUGGCAAGUGGCGAACGAUACCGCGAAAACAAGUAUCCUACGGUGAUAAAGGAAUGUCCUACGCGUUUUCUGGCACCCGGCUGCCUGCCAAACCAUGGACUCCUCUUCUUCGGCAUUUGAGGGAUCUUGUUGCCAAUCAAACUGGCCACCAUUACAAUUUCGUUCUCGUCAACAGGUACAAGGAUGGUUCCGAUCACAUUGGUGAGCAUAGAGAUGAUGAGAAAGACCUUGACCAUGCUGCACCUAUUGCAUCAUUGUCGUUUGGGCAACCUCGGGACUUUGUACUGAAGCAUGGAGAUGCAAGGCGCAAAGUGCGCCACGUGGAACCUGUGAAGAUAUGCCUAGAACAUGGAAGCCUGUUGUUGAUGAACCCACCUACAAAUCGGUACUGGUAUCAUUCGCUCCCACCUCGUAAGGCAGCGGCUGGACCUCGUGUGAACCUUACCUUUCGUCGACUGCAUACACCAAGUAGUUAGCAAGCAUAGACAGAAAGUGAGCUGGCUGACAUUGCAACUUCGUCUUUUACAGAGUUCCUAUAAUUACCAAAUUGAUACCAACACUAUUCCAGUUCAGGUGGUGCAGAACAGGUGCACAGGAAUCGCCAUAGCUUUGGCUACUCAAUAAAUGCUACACUAGAGCUUUUCUUGCAGUUGUCACAGAGAUGAAAGUAUAAAUUUAUUCUGAAUUCAAAGGACCUCAAAGGAUCAGUUGCAUAGCAUGAAACGGCAGUGGCUGGUAUUAAAACUUAUGUAGGCCGAGCUUUGGUGUUGUGUCCAAAGUGUUGAGACAAAAGAUAGCUGUGCUUUUUAUUUUGAAGAAUUCAGUUAAACAAGUAGGUGUGCUGAUUGAUAAGCAUGUUGCAUAUCAAAAGCCCUGCAUGUAGCCUUUGCUUUAUGUCACCCUCUCACUUGUUUGCAUCCUUGUCUCGGAAUUUAAAUGCUUGGUACAUAGUGUAUGUGGUGUCUCAAACAUGCUCUUGGGUCAAAGGAAAGACAACACAGUAGUGCAAACAAUCAAAAGGGUAUUUAUUAUGCCUUUUAUACACCAGUGUCAGUUAGUCAAAUCACAAUGAAUGGAACAUGCUGAUGGGCGCUGACGAAUCAAGGAAGUUCGAUUCACCGCAACAGAAUAUUGAGCGAAUAUGUUUGCCUCAUUCAAAUCAUUUGCAUGUGCAGCCACAUGAACAGUGGUGCUUUUGAAUGAUUGUGUUUGGCCGUCCCGGUUCCCUGCUUUGAAGCCUUUCGUGGUCCUGCGAAGCGUGCCAACGAGUGUGUGACACGUCCGCUCACGCCCCCGCCCCAAGACCAGAAGAAGGUCACUCAUUGCCAAUGUGCUUGAUUGUACACGCUGUCAGGUGGCGCUAGCAUCGAAACAUAGCGCCAUUUCUCGCACUGCUGUGCUACUACUGGUGGCACACGUGCAACACAGCGAAGCCGGAUUCCAGGAGAUGUGAGAGCCAUGCAGAGAAAACAACAUCAGGGGUUGCGAGAGAGUCGAGUGUCCCCACAUGUACUACCUGCCACUGUCCGCAGAAAAUAGUGUUACAGCAAUGGCGGUGGAGCAGCACCCAUGGCAAAACAUGUAAAUCUGACUUGAACUUUUAAACUGUUGUCUGGUGUCGCAAAACCAACAUUUAGAGAUAAGCCGGAACCAUUGCCACAGCUGGCAGAUGAUGUGCGAUGUCACUGUGCUUACUUCUUUUAGUUCUUAAAGCGAAGCUUUCUCUACCUACCUCACCAGGGUUUAGCAUUGGACGAAGUGUUAAUCGCUGGGUUUCUCACCUCAAUGAUUCAGUGAGAGGAAGUCUGAUAGACUUUAUGGGGGAUUGUUCUGCUGCAAUGGCCAGUUCUGCACAAGAUAGUGAGCACUCUGCUAGCUGACAAUGAAGAUACAAG